AUGUCGUCAUCUGCUCGAGGUGAAUGCCACCCUCGGCGUAUGGACGACGCGUAUCUUUUACGCUUUCUACGCGCAAGAAGAUCAGUGCCGGCACGUGCGCAUAGAUUGCUAGUCCGUUACUGCACGUUCCGAGAGCAAAACCCGCACCUAUGGCGGGAUGUGGACUGGUUUGGGCUGUCUCGGCUGGGGAACAUCUUCGAAGGCGUGCUCUUCGACCGCCCUGACGUUGGCCGCCUCAUUAUUGGAAGAAUAGGUCUCUGGGAUCCUGAUAAGAUCCCGGUAGUAGACUUCCUCCGCGGGAUGUUGCUUCUACUGGAGAUCGGCAUCCUGUGCCCGCGGCUGCAGGUCUUGGGCGGCACGGCCUUGCUCGACUGUGACGGACUAAUGAUGAAACACAUGCGGCAUUUAACGCCCUCGUAUGUGCAACAGGCAAUUAGUAUAAUGGGUUUCAGCUUCCCGCUCCACAUGCGAGGAGUGCAUGUGAUCAACUGCUCCAAAGUCUUCGAAACCCUCUUCUAUUGGUUCAAACGAGUGAUGCCUGCCGAUGACCUGUGGCGGCGGGUUCACUUCCAUGGAUAUGACCUUAAUUCUUUACACAGGUACAUCGACCCUGAAUGUCUUCCAAAACGGUACGGAGGCUCUCGUCAAGAAGUUUCUUUAAAGCAGUGGCUGACGAAGAUCAAACAAUACAAAAACAAAACUUUCGACGAAGAGAUGGCUGGCUUAGGAUACGCUACUGAUUGAUUUGAAACUCAUCGUGUACUGGUUUAUUAUACUUUUUAAAGCACUAUCCAAUGUAAAGAGACACAUGUCACCAACGAACGUGUCAUUUUAAAUUGGUUUUUCCCUUUAAUAAAAUUAUUGACCAGUAAAACAUAAACGUUGCUGUAUACACUGCUCAUAUUUUGGAUCUCUAGUUUAAACUUAAUUUAAAGUUGUGGGGUAUUUAAUUGUAUACACUAGGUAAGACUAGGUAAGAAAAAUCGGUCAAAACAGUGUAUUGAAAUUUGCACCUUCUUCGGUGUCGAUUAUUUAUUUUAAGACUAUAUUGACUUCGAAAAGUAUGUUGUCUUGGUACUUGGUACUUGGUGCAACGGGCUGGUAUCCGUAUGUAAGUAAGUUGUAUGUAUGUAUGUAUGUAUGUAAGUAAGUAUGUUGUCACUGCCACGUUAACUGCGCUAACCGAGGCCACGUAGACCUCUUCUCUCGUACGUUUAUUAGGGCACAAGGGGUGUGCCGUUAACACACGUUGCACUGCAGCAUGUAUGUAAAUGCAAGUAGGACGAUGGGAAGAAGGAGUAGGAGAUGCAAAUUGCAGUGCAAAUGAUUGGAGUACUAUUAAAUAAUGGAAAUAAAACGACCGCGUCCGGACGAGACGAAUAUUAUACUCAUUUAUUGCAAAAUAUACAUCGAUCAACUGUGAUGCUGCAGUAAGCAUAAAUCUAAUACAUAUGAUAUCGUGCGGGUUUACUAGUGCAUAUGCAUAACAAAAUGUAAAUCAUAAAAAAAUUACGGUUCCACCUGUACUAGGGGCACAAUAGCAAGUGCUGCAUGGGCUGUGUUAGGUUAGCAGCCACAUUGAGUUAGAGUAGCAUCCCUGCACCCCUAUUUACACAUCUUGUCCUUGACUCCCACCUGACCUGUUGGUAAUUGCUUUUGACGGAUAUAAAAUCGGAAGACUUUCGCAUUUUUAGGUGAAACGCCAACUGGAAAUAAAAGAUAGGCUUGAAAGUGAAUGGUUUAUUAACGUAUUAUCAUACAUUGCAUUUAUAAAACGAAGGUACCAUAAUAUAUAUGUAAUUUAACUCUUAUGAAGUGUAGCUUAAGUGUCUACACAACCUCAAAUGGCUUUAGUUGAUAUCGCAUAAUAGUCAAAGUUUUGCAACAAUCAUCAACAACACAACA